UUAUCAUAAACUAUAUAUAUAUAUAUAUAUAUCAUCAUCAUCACCAUUAUUAUUAUUAUUUUCCUUUCCAUUCCAUUGUUCUUCUAAAAAUGAUGCAAGUGCAAGUUCCUGUGACUCACAAAAUCAACCAUCUCUUCAAUUUCCUUCAGAAUCAUCCUUCUUCAAUAGCUCUCAAUCUCUGCAAAUAUUCCGCUCUUUUCCUCGCUCUACUCGCCACCUUUCACACCAUUUUCAUCAUCAAAUUCCCCAAAAAAACUCCUUCUCUUCCUCCUCUCAUUGCUGAAGAUGAUUUCGGCGACAGUGAAGAUGAAACCUGCUCGUUGUCAUCCAUGUCAUCGGAACCCGAAGACAAUGAAGAAGAAGAAGAAGAAGAAGAUGAUGAAAACAGAUCGGGUGAAUAUUUCCGAUUAAAAGGCUCCGGAAACGGUGACGGAUUUCUACGCAGUUGUCGUCGUAGUAUUACCGAUAUAUUUUCGUUAUCGGAAAUCGCGAACAGCAAAAGCGUUGUGAAGCUUUGGGAUACAAUAGGGUUUGGAUUAGGAUUUGGAUUUGACGAUUUUGAUUCCUCUGUCGUGUCGUUAUACGGCGGUGCCGACGAGAAACAAAGCACGUUAUCGUCGGCGAGGAUGGUUUCCGCCGGAGAAAACGCAUCGGAGAAUUCGGCAUUGAUGAUUUGGGAUACGAGACUCCGGAGACGGAUACCGGCGGUGGUCACGGAGUGGGUGCCCGGCAACGGGAACGUCGUUGGAAUUGUUUCCGGCGGCUUGGAGAAGGUUUGCGUUAGAGAUGACGGACAUUAUGAGUUGACAAUACUAUGAUGUCACAGUUAGAAGAUGUAACGGAAUCUCAGUUAGAUUUGUGGUGGCCAAAUUUCUACAUGCUAAAAAUUGAAGUGAAAUACGUCGAUACUGAUUAAUGAUGUUAAAAAAAGAAAUUAUAUUAAUAUUUAUUGAAUUAAAAAUUAUGUAAUUAAUUGAUAAAAAGUUAAUUACUUGUAUCUUUAA